AUGGCAGUGGGCAUAGUGGCGGGCCUCACUGGCUCAGACGAGGGUCUCGGCAAACUGUUACCAGAGGCUGACGUCAUCGCCGCUGCCCUGCUGCCGCUGCUCUCAGCCAAUAAGGUGCAGCCUACGUUCCACCUCACUCUCUUCCCUACGGAAAUCUCCCUGCCAUCCGCUCAAGCCCUGGAAAUCUCCCUGCCAUCCGCUCAAGCUUUGGUGAACCUGUCCCAGCACGAUGUGGCAGCAAAGGCUGUGAUUAAAGCGAGGGGGGUGGAGACAGCAGGGGGGAUGGCCGUGGGUCGAGGGGGAGCAGGAGGGGGAGGGGGAGGGGGGAAGGGGAAGAAUGCAGGGUUGAUGGUGAUGCUGCUGGCGAAUCUGACUCAGCUGGACGAAGGAGCAGAGAAGCUUCUUGAGCCCAGUGGGUCCGUGCCUCUCCUCGCCUCCCUCACAAGGCGAUUCGCCAUGAGUGCUGACAGGGAGGAGGGGCAGGAGGACGAUGGGUCCGUGCCGCUCCUCGCCUCCCUCACAAGGCGAUUCGCUACGAGUGCUGACAGGGAGGAGGGGCAGGAGGACGAGUACGAGCACGUGGCCACCAUUCUAGUCAACGCCACUCGGCUGGAAGCUGCCAGGAAGCUGCUCCUGGAUCCGGAAAAGAAGCUUCUGAGACAGAUCCUGCCUCAGACGUCGUCUCCAAACCGAAUCCGUAGUCAAGGAGCCAUGGCAACAGUUAGAAAUUGCUGCUUUGAUGCGAGUUCAGGGGCCCUGCCCUCGCUGCUGCUCCUUGCUGACCUGCUCUGGCCGUCGCUGCUGCUGCCCCUGGCCGGGACGAGAGUAUACAGCAAGGAGGACAGGGACCAGAUGCCGCCAGAGCUCGCCGUACCGCUGUCCAUGGAACGCCCCCCUGUGACAGACGCCAAGCUACGGGCCGAUGCUGCUGAUGCUCUCUUCCUCAUUUCUUCUGAGGAAGCGGGCAGAAAAGCUCUGUGGGCUGUGCACGGCGCGAGAAUACUCCAGGUGGGCUAUGAGGAUGAGGAGGAUCCAACGGUCAUGGAGGCCAUGGAGAGGGUUGGGUCACUGGUGAGUGGAUGGGGAUGUGAUGUGGUGGUAUGGUGGGAUAGUGGCAAGAUGUGUUCUGUCAUGUGGAUGAUGAUCAUUCACAUGAUGUCCUGA